AUGAACGAACGAGCAGAUGCCUUAUCAAGACAGGAACAAGACAUGCCACACGGCCAGGAUGAACGAACGGACUAUCGUACAAUGCAACUAUUGCGACUAGACAUGUUCAGAACGAAAGACACUAUUUCAGCCGCUCUGGUACGCACUAUGCGAAGUUCAUCUGAAGAUACCGACGAUCUGCGAGCUCUAUGGAAUGAGGCUAUGACAUAUGAUGAAACAUACGAAGCAGCCCGGGAUGCAAUUCGGACAGAUAAGGCAAAGUUUCCCCGAGAGUUGAACUUGAAGGUCUCCUUAAGCGAAUGCAGUCUGGACAGCCAAGAUCGGUUGCUCUUCCGUAGACGAAAAUGGGUUCCAGAUUACAACACACUUCGUACGAAGAUGAUCCAGAGAACGCAUGAUGACAAGAUCUGUGGACACCCUGGUCGAGACAACACGGCCCAAGUUCUGUCAAGGAAUUACUUUUGGCCACGAAUGUCGGAGGACGUACAACGCUUCGUACGAAACUGUCAGGUAUGCAGACGAUCCAAGUCAUGGAAAGACCAACGACAAGGCUUUUUGAAACCACUCCCAGUACCAGACCAAGUAUGGAAGGAGAUCUCAAUUGACUUUAUCAUCGAUCUGCCGGAAAGCGAGGGCUGUACGAACAUCAUUGUAGUCACUGACCGUCUAAGUCGUGGCGUCAUUCUGGAAGGACUUCCGAACAUCCGUACGGAGACCGUGACAAACUGGUUCUUGAAAACGUUUUAUCAACGAUACUUCCUGCCACAAGCUAUUAUUUCUGAUCGAGGCGUCCAGUUUGUUAACAGAUUCUGGAAACGACUAUGUCAACAAUUAGAACAUGGGUAUUCCGCAGACCCUCUAGACCUGGAAGAUACGUAUGAAGACAACAUGAAAAGGGACUCCCCAAUAGCGAAAGCAGAACGAGUCGUACGAAAACUUCAAGAUGCACGAGAAUGGGCACAGUCCGCGAUGGCAGCAACACAACAAAUAGUCGAGAAGGCUGUCAAUGAACAUCGGCAAGAAGGACCUAAGUAUAAGGUGAACGACAAGGUAUGGCUGGACCUGCGAAAUGUUUGUACGGACAGACCAUCAAAGAAACUGGAUGACAAAUACGCAAAAUACACGAUCACGGAAGUGAUAGGUUCACACAGCUACCGCCUUGAUACGCCGCCAGGAAUCCACAACGUUUUCCAUAGUAUGCUCUUGCGACCCGCUUCGUAUGACCUGCUUCCAGGCCAAAAGCAAGAUGACACGCAUCCAGAUCCGGUCAUGCAGCCUGAUAAAGAAAACGAAUGGGAAAUCGACAAAAUUGAGAACGAAAAAGGCACUGGUUGA